AGUUCUCGCGCUAGGCUAGCCUGCAGACAGACUAAAUCAGUUGAGACGGGACCGAGCGUCAGAUAUAGACGCCAAGGGAAAGAGGAGACGGAGAGAGGUUGAGAACCGUACUUGUCAAGUCCUGGACUGACCGUGGGACCGGAACGUCCAUGGCGCUGCACAUGAGCUCUUCACAAGCAUUCAGAGGAUUGGGGAAAGUGGCGUAGGUGUCGCUUAGUUAGCUAAUAGCUAACUAUCCUCAAUUCAUGAAAAUACUGGCUCAGAAAGUUGUAACUUGUAAAGUGUUCAAUUAAUACACAACACACAAGAAACCCGUGUCUUAUAGUGCAGUUGCUAGCUAUCUGACAAGCUAAAGCUAGCUAGCUAAUGAAGGAUUUCGAGGAGGUGUCAACCUAAGCAAACUCACCAGAAAGCCAGGUCACAUAGGAAGAAAGCAUGGAACGGGGGAGACGAAAAAUAAUCCUGAAUCAUCACCAGACACAGAAAAUGUGGAGCAUUUAGAGGAUCGUGCUUUGGCGCCCUCAUGUGGCGAUCAAAGGGACAGCACAGGGGAUGCGGCUUGGAAGUCCACGUCCUCAUGCCAUGACAUCAACAUGAUGGAUCAGAAGCUCAGACCCAUUGAACAGCAACUCCAGUACCUGCUGAAUAAGGCGGAUGAGUUUCAGGCACAUCUUUUAUACAGACGUGACAAUCUGCAAAAGGAAAACUUUGCUCGUGUGGUGCCUACUUUCCUGUGGACCUGUCAGCCCUACUUCACUUACCUGGAGUCGACCGCUCGCAGCUCCCUGCCCCAGCGCACGCCUCUGCCCGUGUACAUCCGCUCACGAUUGUUAGACUUCUCCCAGCAGCUGUGUGCGAGGCUGGAGCAGCUGGUCUUGACCUACGCCUCCUUUGACUUUCUCUCUCUGGAGGAGGCUGAGCCGGCCAGUAUCUCCCAUUUCUACAUAGGCAAGUGUCAGAUAGACAGUGUGAGGCUGUCCAUAUACCGGUACUGUUGUCCAGCUCCGUACCUGGCUGGGGUCGACACUGGCCUGUAACGCAUGCGCUGGAAUGUGGAGAGACCCAGAGAGAGCCUACAGCAGGAAACUGAUGGCGAGAUGGAGGGAGAGACAGAGGAGGACAAGCCAGUGGCAGGGAAAGAGAGAGCCACCAAGACAGAGUAGUGAGUGAGAGCGAGAGAGAGGGGGAGGUAGAGAAAGGGUUAAAGUAAGGCAUAACAUGUCAAUAAACAAUAAUUGUAGUACAAUAUUAGUGCCAAGAAUACUUUGGGACUCUUUUGAACUGAGAUGUUGGAUGACAAUGUACAUUUUGGAAUUCAGGCCUAAGAACAGUUGAUCAGAUGGCAUCUCACUGCCUGUGUCUGUGUCUGUAUUUGUGUGUGACUGUGUGUGUUUC